CUCCCAUUUUGAUUUUACUUCAAAAAAAUGUCUAAAUCCUAAAGACGCGAAAUGACAAUUGACAAUGGACUUGACAGCUUCCUAAAUUCACUGAAUUUUCAAAAAAUUGUAAUACCAAACAAAUUAUUAUUUGAAACUUGAAACCUAUUCAUUUAAAGUAUUUGUGUAGUGAAUGUGCUCAGAGUAACAGCCUAGGAACAAUAGUUGUAAUUAUACAGUUGUCACUAAAAUGUUGAAAAAAAAAUCGUCAGCUUAUUUCCUUUGUCUGUUAAACGGGGUUUGAAUUGGAAUUUUGUAUAUAAACAAGUUGGUUAUCUCUAAGAUUACAAAUAAUUAACAUUAUUUGUUAGUAAUUAGUGUAGUAUCAAACUACUUUUUACGUCUUAGAGGUUAUAAUUGUGAUAUAUUUUCAACACAACAUUUUAACCCAAUCUAAUCAGAUUUUUAUAUGUAUACACAUCCUGAGUGUUACUGAAUCGCCCUUUUAAGAUUAGGUACAAGGGUAAAAGGAAGAAUAAGAAUAAUAUGAAGAAAUCAUGACAAAAGACUAAUACAAACACAAAUACAAUGCCCAAGAAAACAAUGAUUGCAAAGAUUUGCCCGACUUGCAAACAACAAGUACCUGUGGCUUGCAAGUCCUGUCCAUGUGGGCAUUUCUUUUACAAUGCAAGGCGAAUUGCUAGAGAAUUUGCAAUUGAGGCAGACUACAGAAGGAGAACAUCUAGGGUAAGAAGAGAGAAACCUAAUUAUUAUGAUGCCCUCGAGUAUGACAAACACAUAAAAAAAAUGAAGAAGAGAAUCAGUGAAUGUGAUAUGGAAGAUGAAGAAGACAACAAGAAAGACAAUGGCAGGAAAAGAAGGAAGGUGAAGAAAGAGGAAGAAGAGGAAGAUGAAGUGUUAACAAAAUUAACCCCUGAACUGGAGCACCACUGUCAGUUAAUCCUAGAUCAGAUCAAUAUUAAGUUAAAAAUGGUUACAUGGAAGCCUGCAUAAUUGCAUAAUUUAUUCACAAUUGUUAGUAAAAUUUGUGCCCAAGCCCAAUGUUUUAAAUUAAAAAUAUAGAACUUUUUGUCUGUGACAGCAGAUAUAGUUGGUACUGGUACCAAAAAUAAUGGCAGAUUAAGAUAUAUCAGUGUUAUUUAUUUAAUGUGAUAUAUUUAUUCUUAAAAAUAUGCAGUAUCGUACAUAGCAUACUGUUUAAAUUCAGUGUAUGCAAUAUAUGAAAAAAAUGUCAACAUAUUACAAGAUUAUUUUUGUUGAUAGUGAUUGACAUAGAUGGUAGAGAAUAAAAUUAUUUAUUUCCUGUACAACAGAAUUGUACAUAUUUGUUUUUCUUUUACUAUUUUCUAUGAUGGAAUAUGUUCUGAUUUAAUAAGUUACUCUGUAAUACUCAAGAAAAUAGUUAUUUUAUGCCAAUAA